AAUCUGUAAUAUUCCAAUUUAAUUUGAGCAGCAUAUAUGACGUUAAAAAGGUGACUUUUAUUUCCAGUAACAGUUAAAAUGCAACUUAUUUCAUAUUCAAGUGGUAGCAUAUCAAGCCCCACAUAAAAUACUCCGAAACAGCAAUCCUAUACAUGAGCAAACUUCAUAGGGCUUAUUUCUGAAAGGACAUGGAUAGGAGGGUACAGCAUUCCGAGUUGGCUCCAUCUAUUUACGGUAAUACUUCAUGAGAAACGCAGUUUUUUUGAGUCUCAAAAUGUAAUAGGCCCGCUUUCAUAGAAGCUACAAAAACACAGCUCGCUCAAGCUACCAUGUAAUCCCCAGGACAAACUAUUUCUUUUCGACUUCUUUCUGCCUUCCGUUCGCAAAACAGGAAAGCCUGCAAGUUCAUUGGCGGAAAACACUGCCAAUCUGAAUUAAUUAUCCGUUGGAAUUAUAUUAAGAGGCGGGGAGAAAGGAGUUUGAACGCUAACGGUUUCGUUUUCUUCUUAAUUGGCUCUUUACUGGAAUAAGGGGGUGGGACGUGGUCUGAGAAUGGUAGUUCUCAGUAAAUGACAAAUAGAGGAAAGCUGGGCGUUUGUUUAUUGGCGGAAGCGUGAGGAGAGUCGGAGGAAAGUCCUUCUUUCUCGGAAGGACUGUUUAGAGCACUAAACAUCCAUCUUGACCCUCGUUUGGUGGGACUCUGGCAAGGCCUGAGCAAAUGGAGGCCAGCCUGACUUGUGCGGUGUGUCUGUCGCUCUUCGAGGAUCCGGUCACGCUGCCCGUCUGCUCUCACAACUUCUGCCGCCAUUGCGUCGUCGAGUAUCUCAGUCAAGCUGCAAGUGUCGUAUUGCCCUCUUCCUCCGCAUCGAGGCCCUCUCCUCGAAGCCGCGACUCGCUCCAACAGAGCCCGCGGGCUCCUGGCCGCCCAUCACGGGACGGAGGCUCCAUUACUCUGUCAUGCCCGCUGUGCCGCAAACUCUGCUCGCUCCCUUCCGACCGCGGGGCCUCUGCAUUACCUGUCAACACCACGCUAGCCGAGGUGGUGAAACUGUUCAGGGCUGCUAGCCCGGCGACGAAGCCUAGCCUGGAAGCGAUAGCGGAGGUGGACUCGUCAGGUCUGGUCCCUCAACUGGCUGCUCUGGGCGGGAUCUGCCAGAAACACCCGGGGCGACUUUUGCAGCUCUACUGCCGGAUGUGCCGCUCUGGAGGCUGCGGGCAGUGCGUGUCAGAAGACCAUCGUGGCGUCUUCCAUUCAGUCAACCUCAUCGACACGGUGUACCAGGAGGAAAAACUAGCCUUCUUUAGUAACCUGAAGAAAAUAAGAGAAUUGCAACUGAAAAUGAUGAAUGAAAUCUCAGUAUCUCCAAAGGAUGAAGAGGCCCUAAUGCAGAAUGAAGAGGAAUUGAUUAAAACAGAAUUUGAAAAACUCUAUGAGGCUUUGGAAACCAGAAAGAAGGAGUUGCUUAAAAACCUUGAAAGCCAGAAGAAAAGAAAAGAGAAAGAGCAUCUUAUAUGGAAGAAUAUGAAAGAAGCUCACCGAAAAACAAUUGAAAAUAUUCUGAUUGACUGUGAAAACCUUUUAGAUGAAUGUGAUCCACAGCAUUUCUUAGAGGUUGCAUGCAAUUUGAACCAAAGAAUGAAGACUCAGCUUGAGCUGAUGCAGAUGGCAUCUGGUCAUGAAGAUCAGCCAGAAUGCAAACAAAUACAGCUAGAUAUAAAAUCUAUAGUUAAGGAUAUUUCAGCCUUGACUAUCACUGAAGUUAGUUUGGAUAUUCCAAAAGCUGACAUUCCUUCCGGAAAUGGUGAACCUUCUACAUCUGUAAGUCCUGAAAACAAAUGGGAAGAUAAAAUUGAACAAGAUAAGUUUCAUCCAGUGCCAGGAAAAGAUGUUUUGGAAAAUGGUAAGAAUAUUCCAACUCAGUAUAUGUCAGUGUCAGCAACUACUAAAUUUCAAAACAUGAGUCAUGAGGAGCUGCGUUAUAUACAUUACAUGAAACGUGAAAUACAUUCAGAUGAAUUACAUGCAGAGAAUUUACAUGAAAGAAAUACAUUGCCAAAAUUUUGCUUUUCCAAAAAGGUAAUUUCAGGAAAUGGCUUGUUUUGCCUAGAUGUUGAAACACAUAAUCAGAAGAAACAAAAUUCGCAAAAACUACAACGACAAAGUGGCAAUAAAUGUAGUUUAUCAAAUUCCCUUGGUUUUGCAUUCAAAACACAAACCCCAAACUUCAAUUUUUGUGGCUCAAGUAGUAGUUUGAAUAUAUUAGACCCAAAAGGCACUCAAAAUGACACCAAGAAAACUAACCUGUUGGAAAAUACUAAUAGAUGUCUUAAGACAGAAAAACCUAGGCCAACUCCUGUAGAAAUGUAUCCUUCUAAAACCCUGUUCUCAUUUACUGCAUGCCCAACUAUAUCUGAGACAACUAUACAACAAAAAAAGACUUUAAAACCAGUCUCAACAGAAGUUACGGAGCAUUUUUCAAAUUUUGGUGCCAACUUGAAAGUAUCAUCUACUUCAUCUUUCCAAAAACAAAAGUUAGUGUUGUCCACUUCCUUUCUGGAAAAUCCUAAAAGCAAAGUUUGCAACCUGAGAAAUAUAAAUGGGAAAAUUUCUUCAUCCUUCUCUACAAAAAUUGCUGCUACUACUACUAUUAGUACUAGCACAGCCAUCAGUUGUAAUCCAAAUAUUGUUGUUACUGGAAAACAUUUUCCUUCAGAUUUAUUUUCUGAAAGUAAUUGUUUUGAGACAUCUAAACAGAACAUUUCAAAGCAGUCACCAAUACCUAGAAGUUUCUUUUCAAAUAAUUGUACUUGGACGGGAAAUACUCCAUAUAUAUGUUGUGCCAAAGAAGUUUCCAGAAAUAAUUCUGAGACUUUGAAUUCCCCCUCAGUGUCUUUCAAUAAAACUCAAUAUGCUUAUAAUAAAUUAGAAAUUAACUCAAAAGCUAAAACUGCAUUUGAAAAAAAACCUGCUUCAUCCAGAAAAAAUGGACCUCUGUAUCAGAAACAAAAAGCAGCAUGUCAUUCAUUAUUCUUCAUGGACACAUGUCUAAAAUCUCAAAAUGAUAUUCUUGUUUCUCAGCAAAAUUUAGUCUGUGAUUCAGAUGCAAGCAGCCCUUCAGUUUCCACUGGUCAUAAUGAAAAUAAUGUUUUAGAAAGUCAUCCAUUAGCUGUCCAAGAAUAUAGAUCUCCUUCAAUACUUAAUGAAACAAAUUGCACAGCAAAUUCAGAUCCUGAUGUUGAAGAUGUAAACGAAGGGUCCACUGUUAGUGACCAAAGCACGCUGUCAGAUGAUUUUUCUGUUUUUGAAGAGGACUUAGCUGGAUUCUGAGCCUAUGUAAACAGAAUGAAGCAGUUUACCAAAUAUAAAAAUAGUUAUUAAUUUUCCUUCAGAGGAACAUGAUAAAAUUAAAUUUCUUUCCUGAUGUUUUAGUAGAACCAGAUACAAUAUUUUGAACCAUAGUGCCAGCAUUUUUUUCUCAUUACAUGUAGAAUAUUAGCAUUCUCAUAAUAAUCAUUUGGACAAAUAGUUGCAAUAAUUUUUCUUACAUAUUUUGUAAAACUUAUGUAAAACACUAGACCUGGUUUUGAAUAUGAAUUCAUCUUCAAAAAAGUCAAUUAUUUAUAAAGGCAAUAAUGAAUACUAUUUUUCUUGUGAAUUGAGUUUACUCAGGUUUAUUUGUUUUUAGAGCUUGUGGCGAAAUGUUUCCUUUCUUGUGAUUAAAGUCGAAUGUAAAUCAACAUUAAACCUUAUGUCUCUUUCCAGUACAGGAAAUCAUGUUUCAUAGUAAUGGAUUGAACUUUCAAAGCCAUUUACAAUAGCAUUUACAUUUGUUUCCCGUUCCAAGGAUUAGAAAGCCAUGCUCUCUAAAGCUGGAAUAUAUACAUCUACUGUAAAACAUUAUAACUAAUUUUUAUUUUGUAUCUGUUUCUAUCAUAGAAAGAUCUUCCUUUAAUAAUUAUUUAAUAAUUUUCUAAUAAUUAUGUAUUUAGAUUUUUUUAUUUAUCUGCAAAUACAGCUUUCUAAUACAAUAUGGGAACUUUUGUUACUAGAAUUCUGCUAAAACCUUUUGGAAUUAAUAAUUAUCUACUUUGGACAGCUGCAGAAAUAAUAUACCCAGAACAUAAUAUAUAGUUCAAUUAAUUUAGAAGAUAAGGUACUAAAAUAAAUUGCUUUAUAUACAGUUUCCUAUAAUGUAUUCCCUAUGUCAUGUUGACCACAUUAAUAUCAUAUGGAAAAAGUACUUAAUUUUACAAAAUAAAUUAUAAAAUGUGACUAUCACUAGUAUAUUCUAUAAUUUUUUAAAAAGGCAUGUCUUUCAAGAACAACUGUACCCUUUUAUCAAGGCAUUAAUUGUAAACAAUAUGAUUGCAAAUUCUGUUUUCUCAUUCCAUGUUUUUAUAUCAUUGCCACUGAUCCCCCAAAUUGGUUACAGGGCAACAUUCUGGAAUUUUCUUUUCAAUCAGCUAAUUUUGUUACAAUUAGUUACAUUGCAGUUUUUAAAACAUCUCAAACAUACAAAUCAUUCCUUGUUUUGAGGCCCUCGGUUACUUUGAUUCUGUUACGUGUGAUCUUUCAUGUAUUAAUUUGCAUUAAGAAUUGCUUCCAAAUAAACCUGCAUUAAGACUGCACUGCUAAGAGACAUAGCUGGUAUUCCACUUGUCUCUCUUGCAUAUUCAUUCUAGCUCAGGCCGUUCCUUGAAAAUUACACUGCUUAAUUCUUUUGUAAGGGUCAUUGAAUACCUUAUCUGCCCUUUCCCUCAAACUGCAUUCUUAGAAGUCAUAUACUGGAGUAAUCAGUGUGUCAUAAGAAACAGUUAGUAGGUAGUAAUAAUGGGUAGAGCAGGAUGAUGCUUGAUAAAGCUGACAUUCUUAUGUGCCCAUAAUUUUAUUUGUUUGUUUUAUAUAGCACCAAACUGACAUUGGUUGAUCUUUAAAAAAAGUAACAUAGGGAAGGAAAAGCAUACUUAUUUUCAUAUAAGUGCUAAGAGAGAAGGAGAAAUAUAUAUGUCCAUGUAGUCACAAGGAGUCAAACUUGGCUUGGAGGACUAAAAAUCCUUCUGAGACUGCAUUUUUUUGGGAUGCGUUACAAUGAUUAAGCAAGUAUUUUAAGGAAUAAUGUCCUAACCUGUUAUGCAAUUGAACCCAGUAUUUUCCACAGUAAUGUUUUUUCAGAUAUUUUUGCAUUGUAUAGUAUUUAGUAAAUUUAGUAUACCACAUUGUUCUCUAAAAUUAAAAACCAAAACCAUAUUUUUAAAACUCAGUUAAUUCCACAGGAUUUAGAAAUCCAAUGUACUAUGGUAACUUUAAAACUAGAAAGAGCGAAAAAUG